AUCUUGCACAUCGUUCUACAGAGAAGACAGUGGAAAGUCUUGCGGUUUCUUUACCAAAUGCAGCGCUGGAAAUAUCCCAAUCGUGUAUACGAUACUUACUUCUGGAGGAAUUCCAAUUGGACAUUUUUGUUCCAGAAGGAACGAGCCUCGGGACCAACUCGCCUGAAUCCUAUCGUUCAUUCCCAUACGACUUCGACGCAACAGCUCCAGAUCAUCAUCUUGGUCUAGACGAUCUCGGCCUAGACGAUCAACUUGGUCUAGAAAGUUUCUUUAAAAACUCGCGCGACCUAGAUGAGGAUCAAUGCGCACUGACCGCUCAGAAGUACAAGUUCUUUGAUUAUGCUGCCACCCAUUGGGCAGAGCACUACUCUCUAUGCGAAGACAUCGCCCCAAAGUCUGUCCAGGAUGCCGUCAAGGAAUUGACGAAGAGUUCUGGCUACGUUCUAACAAACUGGUUGAAAUACUACUGGUUCAAAAACAAUAUGGAAUACUCGUUUCCAGAUGUGUUCGAGGCUAUUGAAGUAGCCGCAUUUUUUAACUUGCCCGUACUGCUUGCUGAGGUUGUAGAGAAGGCAGAGUUUGACAGCGAUGCAAGAAAAGUCCAGGCUCUAUUCUGGGCAGCGAGGAGGUCUUCUCUAAAUUGCAUGAGAGUAUUGCUUCAGCACGGUGCAAACCCCAAUGGAAUCGGUACUGACCGGCAAACGCCAUUGACUAUAUCGGCGCAGUACGGCCAUCUAGAUGCUGUUCAGAUACUUCUAAACGAGCCAUUCACGGAUGUUACUCUCAAAGGCAAAUCUGGAAGGUCGGCACUAUCGUUUGCAGCGGGAAACGGACAUCUGGAGAUUGUAGAAGCCCUGCUGGAACAUGGAGCUCUCAUGCUAAACGAUCAGGACAACGCAAGUUGGACUCCACUUUUCUGGGCUGUGAUAGGAGACCAUGCGAAUGUUGUGCAACUUUUACUCAGGCAACCGUGUAUUGAUAUCAACGAAGUCGACAAGCAUGGACGCUCAGUACUAUCCUGGGCUGCAGGAGAAGGCGCGAGACGAGCUUUGAAGGUCUUACUUCGGCACCCCUCUGUAGACCUGAAUCUAAGGGAUAUCAAAGGGCUCUCUCCACUGCUUUGGGCUGCAAGGAAUGGUCAAAGAGAAGUAGUCAGUACUUUGGUGCACAAAAUGGGGGUUGACAAAGCCGCAAAUGAUAAGGACCUACGCAAUGCGAUCUCCUGGGCUUGUCAAGGGGGGCAUACUGACACUUUGCGCAUUUUGCUUAAGCAUAAGUGUGGGGGUGAGGACGACGUUGACAUCGACAAUUGGACACCGUUGCUGUGGGCGCUCUUUGAUCGGUCCCCAACGACUGUGGAGGUGCUUCUUUCGAGCCGGCGUGUCCAAAUCGACCGCCAAGACGGCUAUGGGCGUACAGCCUUGAUAUGGGCUGCGAGCUAUGGUUACCUAGACGUGGUGCAGCUACUAGUGUCAUGGAAAGCAAACGUGCUUAUCAAGAAUCAAGGUGGACAUACUGCUGCAGAUGUUGCAAGGAUGGAAGGGCAUACGGAGGUGUGGGAGUUUUUGGAGGCUCAGCAAGGCAAGGAACUAGAGAAGAGUGUAGAUAAAAAUCGGGGUCCAGUCCCUACACACAUAUACGUAGAGAUCGAUUUUAUUUCCUAA